UGCCUGAACAAAGGAUGGAUCGCUUGACCGCCAUGGCCGGCCAGCCCGAAAAGGGAAAACUGGAGGAUGGAGAUGUGCUAUGUUUAUAUUAGUGAAUCAGGGACUCGUUACGUUAGCAUUCGCAGCGGUGGAGGUGAACUUGGUUCUGUUUUCGAAAUCUGUUCUAAGGCAAACUAAUGCCGAGGCAACUAACACAUUCAGUAGAUGGAUGGGAACUGUUUACCUUUUCUCUUUAAUGGGUGCUUUUUUAAGUGAUUCCUACUUGGGAAGAUACUCACAUGUGUCUCCUUCCAGGUUCUCUACCUUAUUGGGUUGAUAACAAUAUCGUUGGUGACACAAUUGUUUCUACUAAAACCCCAAGGUUGUGGCAAACUAGGAAAGUUAUGCGAACCUCAUUCUCCAGCGGAAACUGCAAUAUUUUAUGUGGCAAACUA